AUGAUAAAAUACUCAACAACUAUGGAAAAAAGUAUAAAUAUAACUUAUGUUCUAAAUUCCAGUGAAGCAUAUUCAGUAGCGUGCCUAGGCGUGACGUCACUAGACUGGGAGCGUCUUGGCAUGGCUGCACUAGAAGAACUGGCGUUCGAAAUAGCUAGAAAAGCCUUCCAAAGAAGCGAGAACAUUAUGUUCCUGAACCUUAUUGAUCAUUUACAGGAACGCUUCGAGGCUGGUGAGAAAAGGGCAGUGGUCUUAGGCGAAGUGAUGGCCUACCGAGGCCGGUAUGCUGAUGCAGCGCGCUCUUAUCGAAGUGUGGGACGAGAUGAGAAGGCACUAAACUUAUAUGUCGACCUCCGGAUGUUUAAUAAAGCACAAGAAUACGUGGGCGAAGGGGAAGGUUUAGCGGCGCUCGCUCGACGCAGAGCAGAGUGGGCUAGACAUGUGAACGAGCCCCGGGCGGCCGCUGAGAUGUAUCUCGCGGCCGGAGACGUAAAACGAGCUGCUGAACUUAUGGCGGAAACUGGGAGAAGAGACAUGUUAAUCGAGUUAGCACGUAAACUGGACAAGGGUUCGAGUGGGUCCCUUCGGUUCGUGGCUGAGGCGCUAGUGAAGGCUGGUGAGCCAGCGACUGCCGCUGACGUCUACCAACGACUUGGAGAUUAUACUAAAGUUGCGCAAUUAGCAGUGGCUGCGGGCGAAUGGUCGCGAGCGUUCACAUUGGCUCGGGAGCACGCUGAGUGUAAACGUGAAGUUUACUUACCCUACGCUCACAGAAUGGCGCAGGAGAACAAGUUCGUUGAAGCUCAAAAAGCGUACCACAUGGCUGGUGAAACAACAACUGCGAUGCGUGUGUUCACGAUACUAGUCGGUAAUGCUGUGGCCGAAGAGCGGUUUUCCGAUGCAGGCUAUCUUCACCACUUACUGGCUAUGCAGUUCUUAGAAACUGCUGCAGCAGCUACUACUGAUAAAGAACGCUAUAGAUCGCUGCGUGACUACGCCCACAACGACCGCUUGGCCCGCAUCUACCACGCAUACGACGUCGUGCACCGCUGCGUUCACGAGCCCUUUUCUCUCAGCCAACCAGAAGCUUUACUGAACGCGGCGCGGUAUAUCUUGGCGUUAUUAGACGUUGAACCACCCACUGGAGUUUCUAUGUUUUGUUUGUAUCUUUGCUUAUCGAAACAAGCGAAGGCAUUGAACGCGAACACGCUGGCUCGUCAAAUGUUGGACAAAAUAUUGGGGUUGCAGAUACCUCACAAGUUUCAGGAGAGUGUAGAGCUACUAAUCCUCAAGACUCGCGCUAGUACUGGGGGAGUGUCGCGGGACGACGAGGUGGCGCCGCUGUGUUGGCGUUGUCGACGUCACACGCCCCCGCUGUGUGCCACCCGAUGCCCCUUCUGUAGACAUGCGCUUGCGCACUCACUCGCUACACAUGAAGUCCUGCCUCUAGUCCAAUUCGAGCCUGCAGAAGGGAUAAGUUUUGAAGAAGCGUUAGACCUGAUAGAACGCGCCCCGCUCCCAGAGUCUACCCUCGCAGACAACACGGACUACGGAGCCGAAGUACUGAGAAUCGACCACGAUGUGGACAGCACAGACCCGUUUCUAGAUAAAGUUGAUGAGGACGAUGAUGUUGGAGUAGUCGUUUGCAGUCGGGGAGCGUUACUGCAACUCAGUCCAGCGAGUGUGAUAGUGAUCAACCGGCCUCCACUUCGACCUGUCAUGUACCGCAACAUGUUACCUGAACUACCAGCCACUGCAUGUCAGCAUUGCCAUAAGCUGUUCUACUUAGAAGACUUCGAGAUCCAGUUGGUGACAAAGGGUCACUGUCCGUUCUGCCGCUAUCCUGCUGAGGAACCUAAACCUGAUGAUGAAGAAACCGAAGACUCCUUGCUAAACGACUCCAGCCCCACCCCAACUAGUCCCAGCAAUGAUCGCGGUUCCUGGUGA